UGGCUCAUAUUGAAACUGCGGGACUUGUCUGAUUCGUUGCCUUAGGCUUACUGUGUGUGUAUUUCUUUCAAAUGAUAUGACGUACUUUGAUUAACUAGUGGGUAUUAAACGGGAUGAGCGAACAGUGGGACUGACUGACUAUUACCACAAAGUUGAAGUUCUGCUACCAACAGACAAACAAACAGAAACAGGAAAUAACGGAAGUUUAAUCGGUGAAGAUUUCAAUGAAAUGAUACAACACCACAAACGUGGCUUCAGACAGCUUGAAUAGAACAUCCACGAGUGACACAAUGUGAAUGCACAUAAAGGUAUUACCAUGCAUUGUGAAAUUAUUUGAAGACAAAAUUACUCCGAAAUCCUUCACAGACACACGAAGACAAAAUUACCUGGAAAUCCUUCGCAGACACACCAAGACAAAAUUACUUGAAAAUCCUUCCCAGACACACCAAGACAAAAUUACCUGGAAAUCCUUCACAGACACAUGAAAACAAAAUUACGUGGAAAUCCUGCGCAGAGACAGGAAAAUAAAAUUACCUGGACAUCCUUGGCAGACACACAAAGACAAAAAUACUUAGAAAUCCUUUGCAGACACACAAAGACAAAAUUACCUGGACCUCCUUCGCAGACAAACUAAAAGUUCUACGAAUGAUCCAAAAACUACCACGAAGUACGAAAUCGUUUGGAAAUAGAUACAUUACUACAAAUUAUGAAAUAUCUUGCAAUAUUUCUACUAAUUACGAACUCAUGUCCAUCUCGCAGAAUUGCAAAUGAUUAAAGAAAAGGUUUGCAGAUCUUUAUAAAAUAAUAAGAAAGAAAGAAACUACCCAAAAACCACACAUUUUUUUAUCAACAUUCCAAAAUCGUAUAUGUAUAACAAAAUUACAAAGAAAACAUAAAAAAGAAACGUAUAGUGAUUCUGUAUACAGUGUGUGAUACACCAUUUAUCCAACAAAAAACAAAAAAGAAAGAAAGAAAGCACAUUAUUAGGAAAAUACAUUACGACAAAACAUGAGAAUUUCCAUCAAGAAUGCGUUACGUUUCUUCAUCUUAUUUUGCCUGGUGCUCUAUUUGUGUACAAUAUUUUUACCUUGGUACAUGAUUCGUCACAAUAGGACACACCAGGAUGAUGACUCUCUACCUGAACAGAGAGCUGAAAUUCCUUCUCAUAGUUACGAUGUCUAUAUAGCGGAAAAUGUAAAGAAAAAUCAUUGGAAAUCGAAAACACAUCACAAGCGUGGGACGUUUAUUCCAAACUGGAAAGACGUGGAGACAUUUCGCCGAGAUGUAGACUUCCUCAAUCAUCAAGGGUUCAUCCACAAUCAGCAAACCUUCACACCGAGGCUGACGUCUGAAAGCAUUGUUAUUCUCGUUCAGGUCCACAAUCGCCCGGAUCAGUUACAGAUGCAGAUUGACUCAUUUCGCAAAAUGAAGUACAUUAACGAAACGUUAGUAAUAUUCAGUCAUGACUUCUACUCCCUGGACGUUUUCGAUGUCUUAGCCAAGAUAGAUUUCUGUCCCUAUAUGCAGAUAUUUUACCCGUAUGCUAUUCAAAUAUAUAACAACCAGUUCCCAGGGGAUGAUCCCAAAGACUGUCCGAGGAAUUUGAAGAAGGCAGAAGCCCGGCAACGGAAGUGUAACAACGCCGAGUAUCAAGAUACUUAUGGACAUUACCGAGAAGCUCAGGAAGCGACGGUGAAACACCAUUGGUUGUGGAAGCUGCAGUUUAUUUUCGAAAACUGUUCCGUAUUACGAAAUUUUGAAGGGAUAAUAUUUCGUAUAGAAGACGAUUACUAUUUGGCAGAAGACACCAUAUACUACUUGCGAAAGCUGGAUGAACAGGGUCGGAUUCGCUGUCCAGAGUGUAAAAUGUAUAUCAUGGGACAGACAACCGAUUAUUCACGCGACGAAUACCAGUCGGGCGCAGCUAAGAAAGAUUAUUGGUGGGUAGGAAACGGAAGAGGAAUGGCCUUGCGGAAAGAUUUCUGGAAACUCUUCAAAUACUGUAAACAAUCAUUUUGUCUCUUUGAUGACUGUAACUGGGACUGGACGCUAAUGGUUGUGACAGCCACGUGCAUCCCAGGUGGUCUGAAAAUGUUAAAACCUCUAGGCAGUAGAAUCUUCCAUUUAGGAAGCUGUAAGGGUUUACAUCAACACAACGCUUGCAAAACGACUGAUGUUUUGAAUAAGGUGCUAAGUAUUUUAAAUCGCAACCAAAACUAUUUAUUUCCAGAACACGUGAAUAUUGCUUCUGAUUUCCCUGCUUUCGUGAAGCGGACAACUCCAUAUGGAGGGUGGGCUGAUAUUAGGGAUCACGAAAUGUGUCUCAGGAUUUUUAAUAACGAGUCCUUGUCAACCACAGAUCUGAGGGAAAUACACCAGGAACUAUUUAUUAGAUCUGAUCAGUGA